AUGGAUGGAGAGGGUUAUCGUGAGGGUUUGUCUGAGUAUGAGCUGGAGCGACUGGAGAAUAUCAGACAGAACAAGGCCUUCCUCAGUUCACUUAACCUGCCUCAGAUCUCUGAAGCUCUGAGACCAAAACCUACUCAGAAAGGCCUGAAAAAGGAAAAGAUGGUUACAGUGAUGCUUCCUGUUCGCAAGUCACUGCGGUUACAGCAUAAGGAUACUGAGACACCUCUUGCUAUAAAAAGGACUUCCACUAUGACCGAAAAGCCUAAAAAAAUAAUUUGCAAACCUCCAGGACCAAUACCAUUGGAUCCAGUCGACUUGGAUGAACAUGUCAAGCUACCUGAAGAUUUGUUUAAACUCCGGAACGAGAGCCCAUUGAAUCGAGAGCGAGGAACGACAGAUUUAAAAUUGUACCAAGGAGCGCUUCAGAAGAUGUCUUUAGAUGACUGCUCUGUGAUAAAAGUUGUGAAACAGCGGAUCUUUUCAGCAGCUUUUCACCCAUCCUCUUCCAACUUGUUCAUGGCAGCAGGGAACAAUUGCCACCUGGGAUUGUGGAAUAAGGGUGCUACAUGGGGUGAUGAUGGUGUCCUUCUCUUUGAACCCCACUCCAGACCAAUUACCUGCAUGGCCUUCUCAUCUCAGUAUUCUAACCUCAUCACUGUCAGCUAUGAUGGCUCUGCACGCAGCAUGGACUUGGAGAAGGCGGUGUUUGAUGAGGUGUAUCACUCAUCCUCUGGCCUGAAAAGUUUUGACUUUUUGUCAAGUGACUGCUCCACUUUACUACUCUGUGACUGGGAUGGAGAUGUUGCUAUUGUUGACAGUAGAACUCCAGGGGCCUCAUAUGAGUCACUGUACACCAUAGAUCCAAAGGCCUUGCGCAGUGUUCAUGUCCAUCCUGUGAAACAGCAAUACUUUGUAGUUGCAGAGAGCAGUUCAGUGCACAUAUAUGACUUGCGUAGUCUGAAAAGAAGAAACAACCAGGCAGUCUGUCAACUGAAUGGUCACUCCCGCAGUAUCUCCAGUGCUUUUUUCUCUCCUGUCACAGGCAACAGAGUUCUUACAACCUGCUUGGACAACAAAAUCAGGGUAUUCAACACUUCCCAAAUGGUUAACAGAGCUCCUCUACUAGGCUCAAUUAGGCACGAUAUGAAGACAGGUCGGUGGUUGUCCAAGCUUAGUGCAGUGUGGGACCCCAAGCAGGAAGACUGUUUUGUGAUAGGCAGCAUGGCCUGGCCUUGCCAAAUUCAGGUGUAUCAUGAGAGCUGUCGUCUCCUUCACUCUUUUCAAAAUGAGGAGCACCUGACCACCAUGUGCUCCAUCACAGCAUUCCACCCAAGCAGGAAUGCUUUGCUUGGAGGCAAUGUAAGUGGUAGGCUGCAUGUCUUUUCUGACCAACACUAA